CCUAGCCAGCUGUCAGCCAUCGAUUGUAAGAACUUUUGCUGCCUUAGAAAGCAGCAUUACGUACAAAAACAGUACUUUUCAUUCCUUGUACAAAAUUAGAAUUAUUUACACGCACUUCGUAUAAAUUUCGCCAGGAAUGGACAGUAAUAUUCGUUACAAUAUGCCUUCGCAUACAAAUAGCGAUUCGAAUGGAGAACCAUCAUCUCAAAAUGAGAUACCUACGUUAACCGUGUCGCUACCAAUUAUACAAAACGAUAUGAUCAAUUGCUCGGGAAACAUUGCUACAGCUCACACUUCGAUUGAACAUCGAAUGGCUGAAGGAGAAGAAAUACCACCUCCAAAGGCAGAUUUUUCAGCUCCACCACCUUACGAGGUAGCUACAAAAUUACCCAGUUAUGAAGAAGUUCAACGUGAAAAAACUUUGCAAGGCGAACAUCAUCCAGAAUUACGAACACUUUCUCAACUCAGAGGACUGCAACAACCUGUAGCAAUUCUUGCUGUAGAUACUGAAGCUACGGAAGGUGAUCCAGAAAGUGGCUUACUUGGUACCGAUUUUAUGUUCUUUACAGCUUUUUUGGUUGCAUUUUUGUUUAAUUGGAUCGGAUUUCUACUUCUGAUGUGUUUCUGUCACACAAUUGCAUCACGAUACGGAGCAUUAUCUGGUUUUGGCUUAUCACUAACAAAAUGGACAUUGAUUGUUAAACAUUCCACCGACCUUGCAUCGCGUGAAAAUUCAUGGCUGUGGUGGUUGAUAAUGGGAUUUGGUAUUUUGAUUUGUGCACGGGCAAUUGUUCAAUACUUGAACAUUAAACGUGGUUGGAGACUACUACCUGGAAGUGCUCAAGAACGCUUACUCUUUUUUUAUUAAGCCAUUAAACCUGCACUUUUAUCUAACUUGGCUUUAGAACAAACAGCAUUUCUAUUUGGGGUUGUAUUUGUAUAAUAUAUAAUCCACACCCUUUAAAAAAACGUUACUUUAUAUUGGCUACAUAUUAUUCCAUUACUAGAAGAAAAAGUUAUUAAAAUUAUUAAGAUUAUUAGCCAAACUCGCUUAUACGUGAGAUAAAUGAAACAGAGUAAAAAGAAAACAUAAGAUAGUAUUUGCACAUUAUUUUAUUUGUUGUUACACAGAUAAAGUAAAAUGUAAAUUUUUAUUGCUCAAAUAGUAUGAACAAUGCUUUUAUGUGAAAUAUUGUUAAUUUACGCGUUAUUUGCUUAAACAUAAGCUUUUUAACGUCGGACAUGUAUAUGUAAGUUUAUUACUGAUAAAAUUGGUGUUACAAGUACAAAAAUUUAUUUUGGAAAAAGAAACAUAUAAUCACUGUUCUCAAACUGGUAUCAAAGUGUAAGAAUUAUAAUAGCGAUAACUGUGUAAUACACUCUAGUAUUAGAUAAGCUUUUAGAAUUUUGAUUAUACGUGAUCUGUGUACUGAUAAUCCGAAUUGCUUGUUUGUAUAUUACUAUAAUUUAUAGAGACAAUUCUUAUUGAAUUUAAAGGUAUAAGUUAAUCAUAAAAUAUAUGUACGAUGUGUAUGUAUAUGUAUGUACACACACAUAUAAAUGUAUAAAAAAAAUUAUUGCAAAGCGAUAUACAUUAUAUGCUAUACUGUCAAAAACUUCAAACUUCAUUGUUAUACUUAUUAUAAUAAUAUAAAAAAUUAAUGUGUCUUAUGUUUUCUAUUCA